AUGAGAGCUCGGACCGACCCGGGGGUUCUGCCUCCGGCUCUGGUUCGGAACCUGACAGAGAACCUGACAGAGAACCUGACAGAGAACCUGACUGAGAACCUGACUGAGAACCUGACUGAGAACCUGACAGAGAACCUGACAGAGAACCUGACAGAGAACCUGACUGAGAACCUGACUGAGAACCUGACUGAGAACCUGACAGAGAACCUGACAGAGAACCUGACAGAGAACCUGACUGAGAACCUGACAGAGAACCUGACAGAGAACCUGACUGAGAACCUGACUGAGAACCUGACUGAGAACCUGACUGAGAACCUGACUGAGAACCUGACAGAGAACCUGACUGAGAACCUGACUGAGAACCUGACUGAGAACCUGACUGAGAACCUGACUGAGAACCUGACUGAGAACCUGACUGAGAACCUGACAGAGAACCUGACAGAGAACCUGACAGAGAACCUGACUGAGAACCUGACUGAGAACCUGACUGAGAACCUGACAGAGAACCUGACAGAGAACCUGACAGAGAACCUGACUGAGAACCUGACUGAGAACCUGACUGAGAACCUGACUGAGAACCUGACUGAGAACCUGACUGAGAACCUGACUGAGAACCUGACUGAGAACCUGACAGAGAACCUGACAGAGAACCUGACAGAGAACCUGACUGAGAACCUGACUGAGAACCUGACUGAGAACCUGACAGAGAACCUGACAGAGAACCUGACAGAGAACCUGACUGAGAACCUGACUGAGAACCUGACUGAGAACCUGACUGAGAACCUGACUGAGAACCUGACAGAGAACCUGACAGAGAACCUGACUGAGAACCUGACUGAGAACCUGACUGAGAACCUGACAGAGAACCUGACAGAGAACCUGACAGAGAACCUGACUGAGAACCUGACAGAGAACCUGACAGAGAACCUGACAGAGAACCUGACUGAGAACCUGACUGAGAACCUGACAGAGAACCUGACAGAGAACCUGACUGAGAACCUGACUGAGAACCUGACUGAGAACCUGACUGAGAACCUGACUGAGAACCUGACAGAGAACCUGACAGAGAACCUGACUGAGAACCUGACUGAGAACCUGACUGAGAACCUGACUGAGAACCUGACAGAGAACCUGACAGAGAACCUGACUGAGAACCUGACUGAGAACCUGACUGAGAACCUGACAGAGAACCUGACAGAGAACCUGACAGAGAACCUGACAGAGAACCUGACUGAGAACCUGACUGAGAACCUGACUGAGAACCUGACUGAGAACCUGACUGAGAACCUGACAGAGAACCUGACAGAGAACCUGACAGAGAACCUGACUGAGAACCUGACUGAGAACCUGACUGAGAACCUGACUGAGAACCUGACAGAGAACCUGACAGAGAACCUGACAGAGAACCUGACUGAGAACCUGACAGAGAACCUGACAGAGAACCUGACAGAGAACCUGACUGAGAACCUGACUGAGAACCUGACAGAGAACCUGACAGAGAACCUGACUGAGAACCUGACUGAGAACCUGACUGAGAACCUGACUGAGAACCUGACUGAGAACCUGACUGAGAACCUGACUGAGAACCUGACAGAGAACCUGACAGAGAACCUGACAGAGAACCUGACUGAGAACCUGACAGAGAACCUGACAGAGAACCUGACUGAGAACCUGACUGAGAACCUGACUGAGAACCUGACUGAGAACCUGACUGAGAACCUGACAGAGAACCUGACAGAGAACCUGACAGAGAACCUGACAGAGAACCUGACUGAGAACCUGACAGAGAACCUGACUGAGAACCUGACUGAGAACCUGACUGAGAACCUGACUGAGAACCUGACAGAGAACCUGACUGAGAACCUGACUGAGAACCUGACUGAGAACCUGACAGAGAACCUGACAGAGAACCUGACUGAGAACCUGACUGAGAACCUGACUGAGAACCUGACUGAGAACCUGACAGAGAACCUGACAGAGAACCUGACAGAGAACCUGACUGAGAACCUGACUGAGAACCUGACUGAGAACCUGACAGAGAACCUGACAGAGAGAACCUGA